AUGGCAACUGCAGCACCUUCCGCGAAACCUGCUCCUCCCGGGCGGCAGAACGAGCCAUCUAUCAUCAGCGGGGAGGAUUUUCCGUCGCUCGAAACCGCCAAGAAGGUGCUUGCGAAGGAGCACUCUCGGGGAAAGAGUCCGCAGCCCCCCGUACCCUCAGGGGGAAGCUCUGGCAACAAAACGGACGCUUCAGGGGACCACGACGGCGGUCGCCGAAGCAGCAUCGCAGGGCAGGAGACAGGAGCGGGGCCAGAAAGUGGGGGCAGCCGAAGCAGCAGGGGAGGUACGGGAGCUAUGGGAGGUCUGGGAGGUAUGGGAAGUAUGGGGCGCUGGGCGGAUGACGAGCCUGAUCAAGAACAGGACGAUCGAGCGCCGCUUGGAAAAUCUUCAUUGAGUCGAGACAGACAGGAGGAGCCGAAUUUUCCUCCUCGCGGGUCCGGCGACGGCGGGCCUAUGCGACCGGAUCCGUUUGCCGGGCCCAUGCGACCGGAUCCGUUUCGCCUGCCGUCGCCGCCCCGUCGCAUGUGGGCCGACGACGAGCGAGAUUCGGGUCCUCCUCGCGGUGGCCCUGGCCAGAGGGGCAACGCGCCUGGUUACUAUGGCGAUUCAAGGGGCCCUGCUGAUUCCAGAGGGCCGGGACCCGGCGGGUACUUCGACGAAAGGGGUGGGAGAGACGCAGGAGGGUUCGGGGGACCGGGUAACUGGGACGGGCCACCUCCGUAUGGCAUGGGUGCAGGGCACAUGGGUCCAGGCCCAAUGGGUCCAGGUUCGAUGCAUCCAGGCGCUAUGGGCCCUGGCCCAAUGGGUCCAGGUUCGAUGAAUCCAGGUGCGAUGGCUCCAGGGCAGAUGGGUAGGGGAAGAGGGUAUACAGAUGGGCCUCCAGGGGGGGGUAUGGGGCGUGGGGGGCGUGGCGGUGGGGGCGCGGGUGGUGGGAUUGGAGGUCCUGGGUAUCAGCCUGAUUUCGACCGCUUCGGCCCAGGAUUUCUGGGGCGGGGAGGCGGAUACGGCGGCGGAUACGGCGGCGGAUUCGGUGGCGGGUUUGGCGGUGGGCGUGGCGAUCUGCAUUCGCGGUCGUUCGGACCGGGGGGAGCGCGUGAGCGUGGGGAAAGGUUUAUGGGAGGUGACGUGUUCGGUGACGUGUCAUUGCCUCGGCCAGAGUUCCAGUCUCUGCCACGUGUCGGCGUGGAGCCGCCUCCUAGCUUGGCUCUCCUUGCGCUGUCGCGGAAAAAGAAGGAGGACGCGGAAGCCGCCGCCGCCGCCAGCGAAUUCCGGGAUUUGGAGCGGGAGAGGUUCGAGGCGGAACUAGAAAGGGUUCAGAAUCAGAAGGAGCAGGAGAAGCAGAGGAAGGAGGAGGAGGAGCAGCGGGCAAUGGAGAUGGCGCGGCAGCAGGAGGAGGAGAUGGUGCGGAAAGCGCGGGAGGAGGAGGAGCUGCGCGCGCGCGUGGAGCAGGAGGCGCGGGAGGCGGAAAUGCGCGCGCAGAUGGAGGCGGAAGCCGCCGCGCGGAGGCUGGAGGAGGAGCGGCGGAAGGUGCAGGAGGAGAAGCAGCGGAUUCGGGACGAGGAGGAGCGGCGGAAGGAAAAUGCGAGGAAGAAGCUGCAGGAGCUUGAAGAGAGAAUUGCGAGAAGACGAGCGGAGGAGGAGGCGAGACGAGCGGAGGGAGGAGGCGACGGGGAGGGAGACUCGAUGGAGGAGCAGGAACAGGAACAGGUGGCGGAUAGCUGGGAAGACUCAGAUAGGGCAGAGGCUGCAGCAGAAGCGGCAGAAGCGGCGGCAGUUGGUGGUAAGGCAGAAGCGGCAGCGGGUAGGGUCGAAGUGGAUGGCGCAACGGCGGAAGUCUCGGAAUCUGUGAAGCAGGAGAUAUUGGAUAAGGCGGGGGCGGAGGCUGGAAGCUUGGAGGAUGGACAGGGGAACGCAGGGCGAGGGGAAGGGAAGUCGGCGGGGGAAGGCGCGGGGUUGGGGCAAGUGACGGUGGAAGCGGAAGUCGAUGCGGAGAAGCAGGAGCGCGGGGGAGCAGAGGCGCAAAACGAGCAGCCGGAACAGCAGCGUGAACAGCAGCAACAGCAGCAGCAGCAGGCGACGGCGGCGGGGGCGGCGGCAGGGGAAGCGGUGGAGCAGAACAAGGGGGGCGCGCCAGAACUUCCCCCUGGCGCGGAUAUGCGCGGAAUGGACCCGUACCAUGCCCCUUAUCCCUCCAGGCAUCCAGGCGCGGGACCCAUGCUCUCGUCUUUCGCAUACAGUCAACCGCUCGCGCGCUACCCCGGAUCCCACAUAGACUCACACGGGUCUCAGGAGCGCUAUUUAGGCGAAAGGCAGCAGGAUAUGUGGGGAGUGGGGGGUAUGGGGGAGAUGGGCGGGAUUGGGCGGGAUUUUGGUGGCGCCGGGGGGAAUGGCGGGGAAUUAGGGUUUGCCCCUUGGAAGAUGCACCAGCAGUUUUUCCCGCCGGGGAUGAUUGGCCCGGGGGGGGGUUUCCCCAGUGCGUCGCAUCUCCUGGUCCCCCCGCACGCGCCCCCCCAUGCGCAGCUUCACGCGCACCCGCACCACGCGCACCCCCAUCACGCGCAUGCGCACGCGCAUCACUCAGCGCCCGGGAUGCCCCUUCCGCAGCAGCACCACCUGCACGGGCAGCAGCCGCCGCUGCUACACCGCCCCGUCACCAUCUCCCCUCCGUCCUCCUCGUUCUUCGGAAACGGGGACAUCACGCGCGGGUUUCACAUGCUCGGGGGCGGCGGCGCAGGCGGAGGGGCGCAUGCCGCCAUGGGGAUGGGCGCGGGGGGGGUAGGGGGCGGGGGAGGGCCGUUCGCGGGCCCGCCAGGCGGAGCUCCCCCGGGUGCGCCGCACCAGUACUUUGAUAAGUCUGUGGGCCCCACGCCCAUGCGGAACCAGUACAUCGGCGGACCAGGCCCCGUGGGGCGCUUUCCGCCAGGCAACCCCAUAGGCGCGGUUGGCGCAGCUGCGGGGGGAGGGGGCGGGAUGGGACGCGCGGUGGGGGUGGUGGGGGAGCCUGGGGGACUGGGCCCCGCGGGGCUGGGGGGGAGGCAGUAUCAGGAGCGCAGGGGGGAUGGCCAGGGGGGGGAUUACUAUGGGCGGGAGGAAGGCGGGCUGGGGGGCGUGGAUGGGGGCGCGGGGGGGAGAGAUAGGCGGUGGGGAGCGCCUGGGGAUCAUCUGGAGGGGCGGAGGGGGCCUUUAGGGCCGGAGGGAGACGUAUCCGUGGGUCUGGCCUCUCCUUCCCAGUCCCUUCCCCAGGCCCUCGCCCAAUCUCUCCCCCAAACCCUUCCCUCGUCGCUUCCCCCAACCCUCCCCCCACAUACCGUUGACGCGUUUGGUUCUGGCUCGUCCUCAUACCCGUCUGUGUCAUCCUCGUUUGUGUCUGCUUCGUCAUCUUCACAAGCAAUUCCUUCUGUAGCACAGUCAGGAGUGGCCCCAUACAUGAUUCAAAUCGGCUCCAUGCCCAUUCCUUUCAGCAUGGGCUCCCUCGGGCAGGAUGAAAACAAUUCCGGCUCUCAGCUGCCCGUUUUCCAGUUCGGGCAGAUUGGCGUGCCAGCUUCGUCCCCUUCGCCGAUCCUGGACGGAUCGAUGGCCGAGGCUCUUUUAGGUAUGGAUGUGGGAGGGCAUGUCGGGGCAGGUGUGGGGAGUACAGCAGUAGGAGGGGUAGCUUCAGGUAUGGGCGUUGCUGCUAGCACAGCAGAGCAGCAACGGCAGCAGCAGCAGCAGCAGCAGCGGCAGUUGUCGGUAAAUCAGCAGGGUGUGCGGGAUUCUUCUGUGACUGGACCGGGUGCCGAACCUGCUGGUGAGGCUCGGAUGGAUUCCCGAGCCUCUCCAUCCGUACCGCUGUACUCAGGCUCGAGUGCAGGGGCUGCGUCUGCUACGUUAAUACAAGGAAGCACGUCAGGAGCAGUAGGAGGAGGAGCAGCAGGAGCGACAGGAAUAGCCAUAGGGUCAGGAGCAGGAGCAGGAGGGGCAGGAGGGGCAGUGAAAACAGUGGGUCCAUCAAUAGCACAAGCAGGAGCGGCGGCAUCUGCUGCUAUCCUGCCUCUCCCUUCCUCUGCCGUAACCUCGCUGCAACAAGGGAGCCGGCUUCAAGGCAGCACGAGAGGAGGGCCGGCUGGCCGUAGCCUUGCUGGUCCUGGUACUGCUACCAGUGCUGGUGGUGCUGCUGCUGCUGCAUCAGCCACAUCAGCAACUGCAGCAGCAGCAGCAGCAGCAGCAGUUGGUUCUGGGCGCGGGGGCAGGGGCGGCCAAGACAGGGAAUCCGCGGGCAGAGGCGUGGGGGCGGAAGGGCAGGGCUAUGGCGGUAGAUCGGGGGCGUGGGGAGGCGGAGGGGGGGGCGGAGGGGGAGGCGGAGGCAGGGGAGGGGGAGGGUACGGAGGGGGAAGAGGGGGAGCGCAGGAUUGGCAAGGGAGGGGGCAAGGGGGGCGAUGGGGGUAUGGGGAGGGCCGAGGGGGUGGGAGGUGGCAGGGCGGGAGGGGAGGGAGAGGGAGAGAGGGGGGAGCGGGGGCAGCAGGUGGGGGCAGUUGGAGGCCGCGGGGGGGAGCAGAGGGUUCUGGUGGUGGGCGGGGGGAGGAGAGGUGA